CACUCAUGUCCUGGUUAUGUGGUUUUCACUGGACCUCUCAGUAGCAGGGUCCAGCCUUUUCAUUUCAGUCUCUCUCACAUUUGCAGCCGUUAUCUUUUUAACUUAUUUGUUCUCCGAAGAAAAAGAAGAACAAUCAGCUCGGAGAAUGGCACAUACACCUUUAAAACAUGAGCAUAGCGACACGAUGGGGAUCGGCAAGGCCAUUGCUGUGUUGACAUCCGGAGGCGAUGCCCAAGGUAUGAAUGCUGCUGUGCGGGCUGUGGUUCGAGUUGGGAUAUACACUGGUGCCAAAGUAUAUUUUGUUCAUGAGGGUUACCAAGGGCUUGUGGAUGGUGGAGAUAACAUUAAAGAAGCAACAUGGGAAAGUGUAUCUAUGAUGCUGCAGCUGGGGGGCACAGUAAUUGGAAGUGCUAGGUGUAUGGACUUCCGCAAGCGGGAAGGACGCCUGAAAGCUGCUUGUAACUUGGUAAAGAGAGGAAUAACCAACCUAUGUGUGAUUGGUGGUGAUGGAAGUUUGACUGGAGCAGACACUUUCCGAGCAGAAUGGAGCAAUUUGCUACAGGAGCUGGUUAAGACAGGGAGCAUCACCGUAGAUGAAGCCAAGAAGUCCAGCUUCCUGAACAUAGUUGGCAUGGUUGGUUCCAUUGACAAUGAUUUUUGUGGGACCGACAUGACCAUCGGUACAGAUUCUGCUCUCCACAGGAUAAUGGAGAUAGUGGAUGCUAUCACCACCACUGCCCAAAGCCAUCAGAGGACAUUUGUGCUGGAAGUGAUGGGACGUCACUGUGGUUAUCUAGCCCUUAUUACAGCGUUGGCAAGUGGUGCAGACUGGGUUUUCAUUCCAGAAUCUCCACCAGAAGAUGGCUGGGAGGAUCACUUGUGCAGAAGGCUAACCGAGACAAGAACUCGAGGUUCAAGGCUGAACAUCAUUAUUGUGGCUGAAGGAGCAAUCGAUAGACAUGGCAAACCCAUCACUUCUGAAGAGAUUAAGACUCUGGUUGUGAAAAACCUGGGUUUUGAUACAAGAGUCACCAUCCUAGGACAUGUGCAGCGUGGUGGGACUCCCUCUGCCUUUGAUCGUGUUCUGGGAAGCAGGAUGGGUGUGGAAGCUGUUAUGGCUUUGAUGGAAGGAACUCCAGAUACCCCAGCAUGUGUUGUCAGUCUGUCUGGUAAUCAGGCCAUCCGCCUUCCUCUUAUGGAGUGUGUUCAAGUGACCAAAGAUGUCACAACAGCAAUGGCUGAAGGACGUUUUGAUGAUGCUCUCAAGCUCAGAGGAAGGAGUUUUAUGAAUAACUGGAAUGUGUACAAGGUUUUGGCCCACGUGCGUCCUCCCUCAGCCAAGAGUGGCUAUAAUUUGGCAGUGAUGAACGUAGGUGCACCUGCUGCAGGCAUGAAUGCAGCUGUGAGAUCCACCGUCAGAAUUGGCUUGAUCCAUGGGCAUAAGAUGCUGGCUGUGCAUGAUGGGUUUGAGGGCCUUGCUGAAGGAAAGAUUGAAGAAAUAGGAUGGGCAGGUGUUGGUGGUUGGACUGGAAAAGGUGGAUCAAACCUUGGAACAAAAAGGACUCUACCCAAGAAAUAUUUUGAGGAAAUCAGCAACACCAUAGCCAAUUUUAACAUCCAUGGGCUGAUUAUCAUUGGAGGUUUUGAGGCUUUUACUGGCAGUAUGGAAAUAAUUGAAGGGCGGUGCAAAUAUGAAGAGCUCUGCAUCCCGAUCUGUGUGAUUCCUGCGACUGUUUCUAACAAUGUUCCUGGUUCUGACUUCAGCAUCGGUGCAGACACAGCCCUCAACACCAUAACCUCAACUUGUGACCGCAUCAAACAGUCUGCAGCUGGAACCAAACGGCGGGUCUUCAUCAUUGAAACCAUGGGAGGCUAUUGUGGCUACCUGGCUACUAUGGCAGGCUUAUCAGCGGGAGCAGAUGCUGCCUACAUUUAUGAAGAUCCUUUCACCAUCCAUGACUUGGAGAUGAAUGUGGAACAUCUGACUGAGAAAAUGAAAACCACAGUGAAAAGAGGCCUAAUAUUGAGGAAUGAAAAAUGCAAUGAACACUAUACCACAGAUUUCAUAUAUAAUUUGUAUUCAGAGGAAGGAAAAGGUGUCUUUGAUACCAGAAAGAACGUUUUGGGACAUAUGCAGCAGGGUGGGUCACCGACUCCAUUUGACCGAAACUUCGGAACAAAAAUGGGUGCCAAAGCUGUGGCAUGGAUUUCCGGCAAGAUCAAAGAGUGCUCCAGGCAUGGUCGUAUCUUUGCCAACACUGCUGACUCAGCUUGCCUACUGGGUAUGCGCAGACGCGCCCUGGUAUUUCAGCCCAUUGCAGAACUCAAAGAAGAAACAGAUUUUGAACAUCGCAUCCCCAAAACGCAGUGGUGGCUAAAGCUUCGUCCCAUCUUGAAGAUUCUAGCCAAGUACAAGAUCGAGCUGGAUACCUCAGAGAGAGCCCACUUGGAACACAUCACUCGCAAGAGAGUAUCUGGGGAAGGUGCCCUGUGAACAGUUAGCAGCAGGGGCAGCUAUCCCUCCCCUUUCAGUCAUGGCAUGUAAGGAGAUGUCUAAAUAAAUUACAAAUCCUCGGUUCCUUCCCCUGGUUAGCAUGCAGCUUUCCAUCUAGUGUUAUGUACUGUAAUCGGAGCCACGUGCCUAUUACAAAUGGCAUAUCAUUACAUCACACCGUAGCUGAUACUUGGCUAAACUUUCUACUGUUAGUUCAAGGCAGCUUAAAUACCGUAGGUUCCCUACUGGUCUUUCCAUUUGGAUAAUAGCUAGGGCCGCUCUUAGGUUUAUCAGUAUUAUAUAAUCAUAUGCUUCCAGGCCAUCUUUCUCCAGAGUGGAAUGGACUAUUGCUGCCAGAUUUUCCUAGCCAAUCUCGGAAAAAGUAGCCAAGGCUAUUUGCUGCUCCAGGAAUGUACUUCCAAUAGAAUUUUCUUCAUCCCGUCAUCCUUCAAACCAGACAGAAUUAUUAUUAAAACUUUUUGUCAUCUGAAUGUCCCAAAAUAGAUUCAACUCAUCCAAGUGCUCAAAAUAAAAACAAACCAGGAACUA